UUGCGAGUUGGUUUAUGCUUCAGCCAUGAGACCUGUGUACUAGGGAGCUUCCUUAGCCGGGUCGACAUUUUCUAGUUCAUACACUGUAUCGAGUCACCAAUUUCUUUAUAUUCUGUUCAUAUUCUUGCUUAGCCUGCUAAACUAUACACGUAUUGGAAGAGGAAAAAGAAUUUUGCUUUAAUCGACUUCUCUCCUAAUGGGUUAUUUCUUCUCCGUCUCUCUCUGAUGUGGUUCAGUCCAAAGUUGCCCUUGAUCAACUAUUAGCUUGAUACUCAUUGACCAAGUUCCUGAAUCAUGAUUUACAAUUCAUGUUCUUGCGUUUCAGAGAGAAUUUGAUUGAGUUCCUUUAAUGGGUAUCUUGGUCUCUAUAUCUGAGAACAGAAGAUACAUAAUUUUCUUUAAUAUCUCAUUUCUGUUAGUGGCAUGCGUUUUCUUGAUUUUACAGUUCAACCCUGCUCGAUUUCUUGUUCCUAACAGUGCACAACCGUCUAAUGACGAUAGUCAACAGGACUGCAAAGGGUUGGAAAGUCUAGAAGACUACCGAGCCAAGUGCCAUUACCUUAAAUCACAUAUUAAUCCUUGUGUCUCUGAAGGUUAUAUUGACUAUCUCCACCUUUUCUAUUGCAAUUUUGGAAGAAUUCCUCUUUUGGGCCAUUGUCUUCUAUUUCUCUGGCUUCUAGUGCUGUUCUAUUUGUUAGGGAACACAGCCUCUGAAUACUUUUGUUCUUCCCUUGAAAAUUUAUCCACUCUAUUGAAACUAUCCCCUACAAUUGCUGGGGUUACUCUCCUUUCUCUUGGCAAUGGUGCACCAGAUGUAUUUUCCAGUCUGGUAUCCUUUAUGGGUAGUGGGACAGGUGACAUUGGCUUCAAUACAGUGCUAGGUGGUGCUUCCUUUGUUACCUGUGUUGUGGUUGGAAUCAUGAGCAUUCUCUUGAAGCAAAAAAAGAUUAUAGUUAACAAAGGUGCCUUUGUUAGAGAUGUUUGCUUCUUGCUUUUGGUUCUUGCAUCCUUAAGUUUCAUAUUGGUUCACGGAGAAAUCAAUAUUUGGGGUGCAAUGGGAUUUUUGUCCAUGUAUAUUUUCUAUGUGGUUGUUGUUUACUUCUCAGACACCCACUGGCGUAAAGGAAAGGAAGAUGAUAGUUCAAGUCACUGCAGUGACUUGAGCAUACCCAUUUUAAGCGGCAUGGGAAAAGGGGAGGUAAAUUUUGUGGAGGAAGGUGCUUUAGAAGGUGUUGCUGAGGUAGAAAUCAGUGAGUGUUGCUUUUGUUUAAGAUUACCUGCUCCUUGCCUUAUGCUUAUUAGCAUACUUGAGAUGCCCCUUUACUUGCCUAGGAGAUUGACAAUUCCUGUUAUUUGUGAAAAGAGAUGGUCUAAGCCAAUUGCUGUUGCUUCUGUGACACUGGCUCCAGUUCUGUUAUCAGUUCUUUGGAAUCCCCAGGAAGAUGAUGCCUGUUUUGUGAAUAGCCUAGUGGUAUAUGGAAUUGGGCUCUUAUUUGGAAUAAUAUGUGGGGUUAUUGCAUAUGCUAGAACUGAGAAUUCAAGCCCUCCAAAGAAGUGCCUAUUUCCUUGGCUUGCGGGAGGGUUCUUAAUGAGUGUGAUCUGGAGUUAUAUCAUAGCUCAGGAAUUGGUAGCCCUGUUAGUUUCCCUUGGAUAUAUAUUUGAAGUAAGUCCUUCAAUUCUUGGGCUAACAGUCCUUGCCUGGGGCAAUUCAGUAGGGGAUCUGAUAACCAAUUUGACCAUGGCCUUGAAUGGCAGUCCUGAAGGUGCACAAGUAGCUAUAUCAGGGUGUUAUGCAGGUCCCAUUUUCAACAUUCUUUUUGGUUUGGGUUUGUCUCUUGUUGGCUCAUCCUGGCAUCAAUAUCCAUCUUCUUUUGUGAUCCCAAGAGAUUUAUAUCUGUUGGAGACAUUAUGCUUUCUGGUGGCAAGCUUGCUCUGGUCUCUUGUUAUCUUGCCAUGUAGAAACAUGAAGCUUGAUAGGGUCUUGGGGGCAGGGCUUCUGGCUAUAUACACAAUUUCUAUGUCUGUGAGGCUGAUUCAAACACUUGGGUCUUUCCAAUUUCAAGUUACAUAUACCUAGCCCUGGCAACUUUUCUUGGAAACCAUGUAAUUCCACCUACUAACCACUUUCUUUGUACAGUAAGUGAUCAUCAAUUGCAAUAUCAGUACAUCCUUUUCUUUUAUAAUUUGAUUCGAGGCAAUAAACAUAUUUGCUAUUUGCUUCCAA